AUGGCCGAUUUCACAGAAAUGACGACGGGGUGGAUUCUGGGUUGGGUUCGGCGGGUCAGUCGGAAGCAGGCGUUGCACGCACUAGUGCGUGAAUACCACAGGGUGAUAAACUUCGACUCGCGCGUGUUUUUCGACCCCCAGUGUAUUCAGAAUCGUCCCGAAUACCACUCGGUACCGGGUACGGACAUUUCCGAAAAGAUCGUCGAGUAUGCGAAUAGGGCGUUUGCUAUCGACGAGGUGUUCAAAUUCGAGACAUUGGACAUUCAGAUAAAAGAUUUGCCCGAGAAAUACAUCGCCGAGUUCGACGUCGUGUAUUCGUUUCCUGUUUUGGAUUUUUGCAAUGAUAUCCGACAGGGAUUUGAGAACAUUUACAAUAUACUUCGACCUGGCGGGACUUUCUGUAUGGUAUGGGUAUUUUCUCACGAAAUGUUUAAAAUUAUUGAAAUUAUGGUAGAGAACAAGCGCUUUGCAUCGUAUUUGUACAAAUACAACGUGCCGUUUCUAGAUACGGACACGCCUCACAUAGUGUUAAAAGAAUUACUUCGGAGCAUCGGAUUUACGGUUUACUACUGCAAUACCCAGAAUGUGAACAUCGAUAGUCUUUGCGAUACAUUGCCAUUCAUUAUUAUGUCUGAUUUUUCAUUUAUGUACGACAUGCCAUCUGAUCGAGCGAAGAACUUCAAGAAGGAGUUUAUAGGCGAAUACGUAAAAAUGACGAAAGGAAAAUACACGCAUAAUGAUAAAUCGCUGACGAUGGACACAUACAAAGUACUAAUAGUGAACGCACGAAAAACCUAG